CAUGCCCCCUUACACACCGGUGUUGCUGCAUCUGCUGCUACUGGUCUCCCUGGCAUCAGCGGGACACUUCUAUGGAGGCUCCAUGUCCUUCACCCCCAAAGGGAGGAACGCUGACGGAACAUUCAAGGUGGAUUUCCGCUACAAGAAUACCCAUGAUUGGUGUGAUUACGCUUACUGGUAUUGUUCCUCAGGGAACUGCGGCUCUUCUAUCGAAAAUGUGAGAGGCACAAUUGACACCAGCAGCAGAGGGCGGAGUGCUUACUACAACCAGUGGUGUGAAACUGAAACGGUCGAAACCAGAAAUAUUCCCAGUGAUAAAGCUUUUCAAUUGAUACAAAACAGCUGCUGUUGGAUCCCCACAGUAAACGGUCUUGGAUCUUGGAGCCUGGAAACACAAGUGGAUCUGGGAUCAAGAUCGGAUACUGGUGAACCCAACAGAUCUCCAGUCACAGCCAUUCUUCCUUUCAUACGUGUUCCCCAGAACUGUCAGAGAUCCUACAACCUCAUGGCCUUUGACCCUGACGGUGAUCGUGUCAGAUGCAGAUACGGAUUGGUCAGACCUGAGUGCGAUAGGUGUGACCAGCCCUCAGGCUUCUACCUGGAUCAGGGAUCUUGCUCCUUACGAUACGGUUACACUUCGGCGAGCGGCGUCUACGGGUUUGAACUAGUUGUAGAGGACUUCCCCAACCAACACAUCACCCUGUCUUACACCGAUGGCUCUAGUUCCUCCAGAACUCCGCUUCAUGCAGGGAGACGCCGACGCUCCAUCUACCAAACAACCGUCUCCUAUCCCUGGUGGUGGAACCAACCCACCACCACUCCUGGGUGGAACCAACCCACCACCACUCCUGGGUGGAACCAACCCACCACCACUCCUGGGUGGAACCAACCCAACACCACUCCUGGGUGGAACCAACCCACCACGACUCCUUCUCCUUGGUGGUGGAACCAACCCACCACGACUCCUUCUUCUCCUUGGUGGUGGAACCAACCCACCACGACUCCUUCUUCUCCUUGGUGGUGGAACCAACCCACCACGACUCCUUCUUCUCCUUGGUGGUGGAACCAACCCACCACGACUCCUCCUUCUCCUUGGUGGUGGAACCAACCCACCACGACUCCUUCUCCUUGGUGGUGGAACCAACCCAACAUCAUUCCCCAAUCAACAACCACAGCAGUCACCACCACCACCUGGCCCACUACCACCACCACCACCAGGCCCACUACCACCACCCCCUGGACCCCUUCCACCCCAGGAAGCCUGUAUCCCUCCACUGCUCCCCUCAGCAAACUCCCUCUGCAGUUCUCUCUUCUGGUGGACUCUCCUGCUCCCUCUUGCGAUGAGGGAAUGUACCUGCCCAGGUUCCUGCAUCCGACACCACACAACGGAGAGCAUCUCCACGCCGAGGUCAACAAAGAGCUGGAGAUCAGGAUCAAGGCCGAGGCUAUAUACUCAACGAUUAAUGAUGUCAUCGUCAGUGGACCUCUGAACAUCACCAAUCACAUGACUACCCAAGGGGAGUUUGUCAUCCGGUGGACACCCAUCCGGGACAAUCUGGGGGAGUAUUUCCCCAUUUGCUUCAUCACUGAGGGGCUAUCCGGAUCUAGCGUCUAUCAGUCUGAGAUGAGAUGUGUUGUAGUGGAGGUCGGACGCAGAAAUGUCAAAGCCAAGGUGGUGUGUGACGAGACCAAGAUGACAGUAGAAGUGGAGAAGUCCUCUGUUACUGGAAUUCAUGAGGACCAUCUCCGCCUCAACGAUCCCAGUAACUCUGCCUGCGACCUGCAACGCCUCUCCAACAGCACACACAUCAUUGGAGUCAUCCCCCUCAAUGCCUGUGGCACUCAGAUAGAGGAGGACGACGACAACCUCAUCUUCAAGAACGAAAUCACCACCUUCGACAACCCCAACGAUAUCAUCACCAGGCACCACCAGGUGGAGAUCCAGUUCUACUGCCAGUACGCCAAACGCGGCAACGUGUCUCUGGGCUUCACGGCACACAGGGACAGCGUCACGGUCGUGGAGAAAGGCUUCGGCACGUUCACCUACCAGUUUGAGUUCUACCAGACCAGCCAGUUCACCAAUAUGGUGGAUCCCCGUGACUACCCGUUAGACGUGGUGGUGAAGCAGAUGGUCUACAUGGACAUCGAGGCCGUGUCCACUGUGAAUAACACUGAGCUCUUCGUGGAGUCCUGCAGAGCGACGCCGUACGACAACCCCAACUACCACCCCACCUACUCCAUCAUAGAAAACGGGUGCAAUGUGGACGAGACGGUUCAAAUCUUCUCACCCCGUCACCAGAGGCAUUUCCAGUUCGGAAUGGAAGCUUUCAAAUUCAUCGGACUGCACGACCAGGUGUACAUCAGCUGUUCAGUGAUCCUGUGUGAGGCUGGGAACCCCAACACCCGGUGUGCCCAGGGCUGCGUCAACUCCACCUCCCCCCAGCCUGAUGGCCACCACCACCGCAAGAGAGAGGCCGCCAUGCAAACGGCCAAGCACCACAUCUCCCAGGGUCCUUUGCGCCUGAGAAGGAGUUCAGAGAGCUCAGUGACCAACAUGAACAUGGUGUUGAUGGCUGGGUGUAUCGUAGCAACCGUUGCCAUGCUGUGCGGAGUGAUGCUCUACAAGGCCAAAACAUCAGGGGUUAAAUACCAACCCCUGACAGCAUUUGAGACUUAGUCCGAUGGCAGCCGUCCUUUCACAUGUAGCCUGCACUAUAUAAAGAAGGAUGGUGGGAAAUAUAGAUCAUUUGAAAAGUGGUCUCUGACUUUUACAAUGAAACGUCUCUUGGGAUCAAUACAAGAAUAUACAUUAAUCCGUAAAAAACGUACUUUGCAGUGCCCUCUAGUGUACAGAUGACGUGCAAUAUACAAAGACAGAAAACCUAUUAACCACACAACAACCAUAUAAGUAGGCCCAAAUGGCUCCUACGACUUGUUUUAACAGUUAAAUGCCUGGUUCUUAUUAUUAUCUGUAUUGGGAUGUGGGGAUAGUAAUGUAAUACUGGGAGUUGACAUGUUCUGGAAAGGCUUUCUAUAUAGGCCAGGGUCUGUUGAACCAGGGAUCAAUUACGUUUAUUUGUUAUGAUUGUGUUACAUCAAAAUGGGACCCUGGUUAAAAUAAAUGUUUCGUCUAUAUGAUGUAAUGAAUUACUAUAAAAUGGUCCUUUUGAUAAAUGAAUGUAUGUGUAUUAA